UACUACGGCGCACGCGCCCGCCACAGCGCGUUCUAAAUUUAAAAUUCAAAUCAUUCGAACGCCAGAUUAUACGAGCAAUAGAAGUGAUUAUACGAAAUUAUAAACAAAAUAGAAGCGCAUUUAUUUCAAAGUUUCAAAAGUUUGGUAUGCGGUGUAAUUUUUGUGAUAAAAUAAGCUGUCAACCCUAAACACCAAUAUGGAUUGGUGGCAGAGCACAAAGGAAUGGGUGGGCUUAUCCAAAAAGCAACCUAAAGUUGAAGGCAAUAGAAGCCAAUAUUCAUUGGUGUCGUGCGGCGAGCUGACCGCGGAUAUCCUGCCGAUAUGGCUUGAGUUGCCAGAUGAGGUGAAAAAUGAUCCGUCGCUGGCUCCGUUUAAGAAACUGUAUGAAAAAGAGCAUGGAAAAAUCCCAGAAAUAUCAAAGAAUCCAGAGGCGCAGAAGCGGCUGGCGAACGUACAGUCAGCCCCGAUGCUACAGUCGGUACAGUCGGACGAGAUUCAGUACAUAGACGGCUGCACCAAGAGCGAAGCUGCAGAGAAACUGGGCAACCAUGACGGGAAACCAAUUUCGGAGCAUUCUCUUCCAACUGUUCGACCAUCGCAGAUGGCGCGCGGCCGCCACUACGUGAAGAUGACAAUUCUUCUCGGCUGCUGGGUGUUUUUCACCGCCUGCUUCCUGAUGUAUAAUGAAAAGAAGGAAAACUUCACCAUAACUGCGGUGGUGCCUGGAGAAAUUAAAGAGUUCCCAUUGCCGAUAGAAAAAGCAGAGUCAAUACUUCUGAAACUAACGGGUCCGUUCAUGACCAAAAAUGACGAAAGGCGAUUGAACUCCACUGCGUUACUGUACCAUCAGAAACUAGAAGUGUGGCUGGAAGAAGAAAGGAACAAUGUUACUAAGGCCUCAAAAACCUGGUCCAUCCCCCUCCACAAAUCAACCCACCAGCGCUCGCGCACCCUACGCCUGAACUGCUCGCAUUGCGCGCUGCGCGUACGCACCGACGCACGCGCCGCCGUCGCGUUCACCUACAGUUACAUGGAAAACCCGGUAGAUGACACUACUGGGGUUAUCUAUGCGCUGGUGUUGCUGCUUGGCUUGUAUAUAUUGAUUAUUUUUGAGAUUAUAAACCGCACGAUGGCAGCGGUACUAGUAUCGACUAUGUCCCUCGCUGCCUUGGCCAUGGUGGGCGAGCGUCCGACAGUCCCAGAGAUAGUCUCCUGGCUGGAUAUUGAGACGCUACUCCUGCUGUUUAGUAUGAUGCUGCUAGUCGCCAUCAUGGCUGAGACUGGCGUUUUUGACUUCCUUGCUGUCUUUACUUUCGAAGUGACAAAAGGUAACCUCUGGCCGCUGAUAUACCUGCUUUGCGGUAUCACCGCUGUGGUGUCCACGUUCCUCGACAACGUUACUACAGUUCUCCUCAUGUCUCCUGUCACUAUCAGAUUAUGUGAAGUGAUGGACCUGGACCCCGUACCGAUUCUUAUGCUGAUGGCCAUAUACAGCAACAUAGGCGGCACAGCGACCCCCGUCGGAGACCCACCAUGCGUCAUAGUGGCGUCCAAUAAGCACGUCAUAGACGCUGGCAUAAACUUCACAAAUUUCACGGCCCACAUGGCUCUGGGCAUCCUCCUCGUGGCAGUUCAGACCUCGCUGCAGGUCCGGUACAUGUUCCGAGACACCAACAAGCUAAGGCUCAACGUUCCCAGGGAUAUACAGGAUCUCCGCCACCAAAUUUCAAUAUGGCGUCGUGCCGCCGACUCCCUCCCGCAGCUGAGCGGCAACGCGCACGUGGUGCGCGCGCGCCUGGACAGAAAGAUCGAGAAGCUGCGCGCGCAGCUCAGCCGCAUGAUGAAAGAGACGAGCAAACGUGCGUGUCCGAGGGAUGAGUUCCAGAGUACGUUGCGGGACUUGAAGCAGAAGUACAAGAUCCGUGACAAGGCCCUCCUGGUGCAGGCUUCAGUCGCCAUAUUCUUCGCUGUAGCUGUUUUCUUCCUCCAUUCGAUUCCUGAACUAAACCGCAUCUCUCUGAGCUGGACGGCAUUGCUGGCAGCAAUUCUGCUGCUGCUGCUGGCUGACCGUGAAGACCUGGAGCCGGUGCUGAGGCGGGUGGAAUGGUCCACUCUGCUGUUCUUUGCUGCCCUCUUCGUUCUCAUGGAGGCUCUCUCCAAGUUGGGCCUGAUCCAGUACAUUGGUGGCCUGAUGGAGGUUCUGGUGCUGAGAGUGGAUGAAAGCGCGAGGCUGGCGGUCGCCAUCUUGCUUAUUCUGUGGGUAGGCGGCGUGAUCUCAGCGUUCGUGGACAACCUCCCGAUGACCACGAUGAUGAUCAGAGUGGUCAUAUCCAUCGGCAGCAACCCUGAUCUCAACUUGCCUCUGGCACCUCUCGUCUGGGCGCUCCUCUAUGGUGCCUGCUUAGGAGGCAACGGCACAUUAAUCGGCGCGAGCGCAAACGUGGUGUGCGCAGGAGUGGCGGAGCAGCACGGCUACAAGAUCUCCUUCGUGCAGUUCUUCAAGGUCGGCUUCCCCAUCAUGAUCGGGCAUAUGGCUGCUGCCUCCGUGUAUCUGUUACUGUGCCAUUGUGUGUUUACUUGGCAUUGAAGUGUACAUCUUUAUUUUUUUAAAGUGUUUAAAGACCCAUGAAGAUGGGAAAUACUCGAAGACUCUCAAUAAGGGGGUUUUCAGAAAAAAUGGUACCAUUUCCUUUUUUAGGCUUCCGUACCUUUUUAAGAUUAUGUUAGUAAAUGAAAUAAAAUUAUGUCCGUCCAUUUCACUGGCGUAGAAAUUAUAUUCAAUAAAUUGUGUUAAUAGGUACAUAUGACAGUAUAUUAUUGUACAAAUAUAUUUUUAGUUUUUUCUACUUUAAAUAAUAGUAACUUUAAGUACAAAAUGUAACCAAUGUUGAAUUAUUUUAGAUAUAAUAAUAAAUAGUAAUUAUGUGAACUUUACAAUCAAUAAAAACAAUUUAAAAUCAUAAA